CAGUGGCUCAGUCUGGGGCCCCAGACAAUGCCCAAAGUUCUCCACACUCCUGCUCAGGCUCUCUGCAAGGCAGUUCAACUGAGUGCCAAGUCCAAGAACACCGAAACAGUUCACAGGUGCCUGUUUCGUGAUCCCAACCUGCCUGAGUGUGGACAGCCCCAAGGCUGGUUUCCUGGCUCCGAGACUCCGGUUUACCUGGGCUCCUGGGAGCAGACCUGCAGCAGUUAAGCCCUGGAGACCUGGGGACUUACCAUGCUCUGGAGGAAGGAGGCCACAGGAAAUAAUGAUGGUGACAGAAUCUGACCUGAUGCCCAGAUGCCUCUAGGAAAGGAGAAGUUUCUAUUCUUUUCGAAAUCUGCCCUUCACCUCUGCCAAACCUUCCUCCUACCAAACCGUACUGCACCAUAACCCUGGGACCUCAGUCUCCCAGGCUACCUCUGUGUCCUUGGAAUCUCCUGUCAUAGGGAGCUUAGGCAUCACCAGGCUUACUGUCUCCCCAGUGGACGGUGAGUUCACAAAGACAGGAUCUGGGCCUGUGUGCUGACUUGGAGGUGCAGAAAGGGGACGCCCACCUCAUGGUUGCUGAGGGGGAAGGAGAGGCUGCUGGUCACCCCCCUGGGCUUCCCCCAUCACCUUGUCCCUGAGCCUCAAUCCUGACCUCCACAGUGGGCCACGGCCCCAGACUCAGGGAUCCGGCCAGAGGACACCCAUUUUUACCUUGCAGAAAAUGUCACCCAAGGGUGUUGACAGAGAAGCAGGAGAUGGGGUCGGCGCUGCAUAGGGUGGGAACCUGGGUGAGCCUCUCUCCCUCUCUGGCCACAGGGUCCCCAGGGUGGACAUGGACAUGGGUGGUAGCAGUUGAUCUUCAGUGCUGCCUUGGCCCUGGCAUUGUCUGGGUACAAAGUUCCUCCUCUGAAGAGGGUCACAGUUCUGACCUCACCCUCCACUUCCUGUGUGGCCUUCUCUGAGUUCUGCAGCUCUCAGUUCCUGACCGAAGAACCCUGAGGAGCAAACCUCCACCCGGACAUGCUGCUGCCGCUGCUGCCACUGCUGCUGGCCCUGCUCUGGGGGAGGGUGGAGGGGUUUGGAGACUCCAGGAAAGAUUAUUCACUGCAAGUGCAGAGGGAGGUGACAGUGCAGGAGGGCCUGUGUGUCCAUGUGCCCUGCUCCUUCUCCUACCGCUGGAGUGGCUGGGAAUACUCUGACUCUGUUUAUGGCUACUGGUUCUGGGAAGGGGCCGAUGUAUACCUGCAAGGUCCAGUGGCCACGAACCACCCAACUCGACCUGUGCAGAAGGAGACCCAGGGCAGAUUCCACCUCCUUGGUGAUCCCACGACCAACAACUGCUCCCUGAGCAUCAGAGAUGCCAGAAGGGAGGACAGCAGGUCAUACUUUUUUCGGGUGGAGAGAGGAACUCUAAAAUACAGCUACAGAUCUCUCAAGCUCUCAGUGCAUGUGACGGCCCUGACCCACAUGCCCAACGUCUUCAUCCCGGGAACCUUGGAGUGCGGCCUCCCCAGCAACCUGACCUGCUCAGUGCCCUGGGCCUGUGAACAAGGAACACCCCCCACGAUCACCUGGGAAGGGCCCUCGGUGUCCACCCGAGGCCCCACUGCUGGUCGCUCUUCUGUGCUCACUCUCAUCCCACAGGCCCUGCACCAUGGCACCAACCUCACCUGUCAGGUGACCUUGCCUGGGGCUGGUGUGACCACAAAGAAGACUGUUCUUCUCAAUGUGUCCUACUCUCCUCAGAACUUGACGGUGACUGUCCUCCAUGGAAACAGCACAGCACCCGUGACCAUGAGGAACGGCUCAUCUCUGCCAGUCCUGGAGGGCCAGCCUCUGCGCCUGGCCUGUGCUGCUGACAGCAACCCCCCUGCCAGGCUGAGCUGGACCUGGAGGAGUCUGACUCUGUGCCCCUCACAGUCUUUGAGUCCUGGGGUGCUGGAGCUGCCUGAAGUGCACUUCAGGAAUGAGGAAGAAUUCACCUGCCGAGCGCAGAACCCUAUGGGCUUGCAGCACAUCUCCCUGAGCCUCAUCCUGAAGACUGAGCCCACACAGAAAGCACAGCCUGUGUCAGAAGUGAUGCUGGCGGGGGUCUGGGGAGCCGGAGUCACAGCCCUGCUCUUCCUGUCCUUCUGCAUCAUCUUCAUUGUGGUGAGGUCCUGCAGCAGGAAGGCAGCAAGGCCAGCAGAGGGCGCUGGGGAGAAACGCGCUGAGGAUGCAGACGCUGUCAGGGGCUCAGGCUCGCAGGGCCCCAUGAUUGGCUCCCAGAUAGAUGACAGCUCCCCAGACCAGCCUCCCCCAGCCGUGGCCUCCUCUUCCUCAGGGCAGGGACAAGAGCUCCUUUAUGCGUCUCUCAGCUUCCAUAAGAUGAAAUCUCAGGACCUGGAGAAAUAUGAGGCCACUGGCAGUGAGUACGCGGAGAUCAAGAUCCACAAGUGAGAAAGCUGGGCGACCUGGCCGGGGUUGAGGGUUACCUGCCCUUCAAGCAAAGGACAUGGCAGAGGCUGAGUCCUGCAAAAUCCAAGCCCUCUAGAGCCCCCUGCUGGGCAAAAGAAGCCCAGAGCUGAGUUCUCCUGGAGUAACUGGGACUCUACCUGCUGUCUAAUAGCUCCCCUUCCCGGAACUCCACCCCCACACGCUGGUGCCCACUAUUCUACUCUUUACUUCUGGUCAUUUGGUUUGUUUAGAUUCCACAUAUAAGUGAGAUCAUGUGGUAUUUGUCUCUCUGUGCCUCGCUUAUUUUGCGUGACAUAAUGUCCUCUAGAUUUAUCCAUGUUUUUGCCAAUGACAGAAUAACAUAUUGUGGUACUUCACGAUAGAUGAAAGAGAGGAUUUUAAAUGUUAUCACCAAGAAGAAAUGAUAAAUAUUUGAUGGAUAUGCUUAACACUGAUGGGAUCAUUCCACAUGUAUGGAAACCUCACCUGGGCUGUCCAAGGCCACUCAGGACUCAGGGCAGGGCUGGAAUUCAAACUGCACUUGAUUCUGAGGUCUCUUAUCUCCUCCAAUAUUGAGUCAAGUAGCCAGCAGGCUGGGUAUCCCUUGGCAAAUAAUGCUCUUUUGGAGGCUUUGAUAUUUACCACAGAGAGGGUAGUAAAUGUCCAGAGUCUCAGGGAUAAGACAAAUGCUGUUGAGGAGAUGAAGGCUGGGGACCCCUGCCCAACCUUUUGGGCAGGUCUUUAUUUAUUUUUUUUCUCCCAAUUUUGAAAUAGUGUUUUAAUUUUUUUAAUUUUUAAUUUAAUUUUUAUUAAUAUUAAAUCAUAGCUGUGUACAUAAAUGCGAUCAUGGGGCACACACUGGUUUUAUAAACAGUUUGACACAUUUUCAUCACACUGGUUAACAUAGCAUUCCUUGUAAGAUGCACCGUAGGUGUAAUCCCACCAAUCACCCUCCCUCUGCCCAUCCUCCCCCCUCCCUCUCCUCCCUCUACCCCUUCCCCAUAUUCUUAGAUUAUAACUGGGUUAUAGCUUUCAUAUGAAAGCCAUAAAUUGGUUUCAUAGUGUUGGGCCCUGCAAUGUGCCUGAGGCCUAGUGCAACUUCCCGAGCUUGACUAGAAGUAGAUCCAUCGAGCUACUUCCGCAUAGCAAUGACUCAGCAAGACCUGGCCUGAAACUGCCUCUACCUAGAUACAGCCAAUGUGGUACCAUGCCAUUGGCCCAACCCUGUUAUGCCACCCAUCACACCAUUUCACGUACCUCAUCCCCCGCUUCCUUUCCCCGCCCCUUCCCCACGCUCUAUAUAAGUGGCUGCUUGACGCAAUAAAGUUGAGAUCCUGCUUCAACAGCCUCCCCUCUCCGUGUGGUUUUCUUCGAGCUGCCGACACUCGCCAUCCCGCUCAGCCCCUGGGUUGAGGUCAGGCUGGCCCCAAUCUUCCCUCAACUGCGACUGCCGGAGGACCCGGCAUCAUAGUAGGGCUGAGUACAUUGGAUACUUUUUCUUCCAUUCUUGAGAUACUUUACUAAGAAGACUAUGUUCCAGCUCCAUCCAUGAAAG